AUGGAUGAGCAGGUGAAGGCUGGUCUCAGGACGUUGAUUCCCAUAGAGCAGAAGUAUAUCGAAGAGGAGCCCAGAGUGUCCAAACAGCUGCUGUUGCACAACUUCAACAGAGUUCGUCGCUGCAUCAUGUUCCUGAUCAACACAGGCUGCUUCAUCAACAGCUGCUUCGAAUGGGACUCUCCGCAGAGGAGCAUCUGUGCUUUUGUACUUUUUGUCAUCGUUGUGUGGAACUUUGAACUCUAUAUGAUUCCUCUGGCAUUGCUACUGCCUCUGGUCUGGAACUACAUCCUCAUCGCGUCAGGGAAGGAUACCAGGCAAGACAUGCAAGCAGUGGAGGACCUGCUGGAGGACGAGGAUGAGGAUUUUGACAAAGAUGACAAGGACCCUAAACCAGGCCCCUGGGAGGACAGCAGUGAUAAAAACCAUAUCCUCGAGGAUAUUUUGGCUUCCUGGCACUUUGAGUGGAUACGAGCGAUGGUGGACUCGGAGAGAAAGGGCUUCAUGAACAAGCUUUAUGCCAUUCAGGACGUGUGCAUCAGUGUGCAGAAUGCACUGGAUGAAGUGGCCUCCUAUGGCGAGAGGAUAAAGAACACAUUCAACUGGACUGUGCCUUUCUUAAGCUGGCUGGCCAUUGUGGCUUUCGGAGCCGCCACCAUCCUCAUCUACUACAUUCCUCUGCGAUACAUUGUGCUAGCUUGGGGGGUGAAUAAAUUCACCAAGAAGCUGCGAGACCCUUACACCAUUGAUAACAACGAGCUGCUAGACUUUCUGUCCAGAGUGCCCUCAGAUGUACAAGUGGUGCAGUACAGAGAGCUGAAACUGGAUCCCAAUCCCAGUCCAAAUAAAAAGAAGAAAAAUAACCCCGGGUAGAUGACUAAAAUGACUCUGUCCACCCACCGACGCUUCUCUUCUCUUCUCCACUUUCUUCUCAUGGUCUAUAACUGGACACUGAGGAGCAGAGGAAGCCUGGACCACAUCGGCUCAGCUAUCUUUCCUUUUUUCCCUUUUCUAUGUUUUUCUCUUAUACCUUUUUUUCUGUCUCUAAAUCCUCAUGGCGUUCAGUACAGUAUACUACAAUACAGUACAGUUUCCUGAAGUGUAAUAUUUGUAGAAAAAAAGACAAGUAAAAAGAAAUCUUAUCACUUUUAUGAUUUUGAUUGAUUUUAAAUGCGAGUUGGAAAGAUGGAUGGAUUGACCUUUUUCUCAGCCGUGGGAUCCAAUCCCUUUUUCUUCUCUCCAUCACUCUUGACAGCUCGGAGGACUCUGUCCAUCUGCUUGCCACAAGUGACAAGUGUCACACAACGAGUUUAAGCAUUUAUACAUAUCGUCGCAAAAAUACAUUUUUACUGCAUCCAUGUUUAUACAAGCCUUAUACUAACUUUCUGCGAUAUACUUUUACGUUUCGUUUUUAGCUCAUAUUCUAUUUACUAAAUGAUUUUGGUAAUAUUUUUUAAUUGUUUUUGUACUGAAGUAUCUUUGGUUUGCCUCUCUCCUGGAUGCUGUAAUGAUAUUAUGUUCACUGGCAGUAAUUUGGAUUGUUUCCACUUAACUCAGCCGGCCAAGUUGAUUAGCAAUUAUUGUAGUAGCCUCCAGAUAUGUCCCUUUACACAAACACAAACCUGGACCAACAGGCUGAAGGCUUGUGAUGCUAUCUGUCCGUGCUUUAAAACAAAGGCCAAAUUUGCUCUUUUAAAGAUAUUAAUCCCACACAAAAACAGGAACCACAAUGGUAUUAGUUAAAGUACAGUGAGUCUGUUCUUCCUAAAAUAGAUUGUGAUUACAUAAUCAUCAUUAGAUAAUACCCAAAGGAAACACUGUUAAGUACUGUAUUACACAGUUGGUGAGUCAUCCCAAACCUUUAUCCCUGCCACCUAUCCAGAUAAUAUAGACUAACCUUGUGUAACCCUUUAAAAACGUCAAAAUCCCCUGCCAGUCCAUCAGCGGGCCCACUGACUGGGCCUUCUGAUGUCGUGGUGUUAAUAUAGAUGUCACCCAGUCACUACAGAGUGUCGCCAGGCCUUUAGGCAGCCACAGCCCUAAUCUGGUUUGAAAGGCUGCUCUCCUUUCCUCUCAUCUCCCUGUGUGUUUUCCUCAGCGGCCACACAAGAAAGCCCUCACACACACACGCAUAUGUGCAUGCAGACAUCUUAAAAAAAACAACAACAACAUGAAUACACUGCUUCUUUAAGAGAUUCCGCGUACACAGACUGUACCUACUUGCUCACAGAUGAAAGCAUAAGAUCCCAUUUGAGCAGGCACAUUCUCUCCCUCUUAGGCACACACACACACACACACACACUCACACAAACAUGCUCUCUGUGAUGCUGUGCCCCAGGCUGGCCGCCCUCUCCAUCUGCCCCACCUCCUGUGCCCACAGCUCAACUUUGAUCCGUCUUCCCAGAGACACAGCCUUGUGUAUGUGAACUGUGCAUGUAAGAGUGUUUGCGUACACACGUUUAUGCAAUCAAAGACACAUUGCUUUUCUCUGCGCCGGUGUGUGUUUCAAUUGUAUCUCCCCUCCAGCUGUAGACUGAUGCUUAGAUUCAGUCGAUGUGUGUCAGCAUGUAGAACUGUGUGUGUGUGUGUGGUGCAGCGGAAGUGCCAGCUGUUAUUUGGUGUGGAGUUUGCUGGUGUAGAGGGCCGUCAGCUAGAUGAGCAGCAAGUCUCUGUGUGACAGGACGAGGCUCUGAGGGGACUUAGGCUGAGGUGUCCGGGAUGUGUGUGUGUGUUUUAUUCUAUUCUAGAUCCCUCUUCCCAUCAUGCUUCUCUCCGUUUGCUCUCUCUGCGGUUCCCUCAUUCGUCAGAGAGCGGGGUUGCGACCCUGUCUGAAGGGACGGUCUCCUGGGCUUCUUGCUGAGCAUCUGUUGAAAGAUCACAGCUCAGGCUACAUUUGAGGAGGUCUCCCCUCAUCCUACUGAUCCCUGCCUACAUCUCCCCCCCACUUCUUCAACUUUUUGUUCCCUCUUCCCCUUCGUGUCUCUGUCUGUAUUGCUCUAACCCCCCCCCCCACACCACAACUAGAGCUCCUCUCUGCCAUUUUGUCAUCCUCUCGCCCUGCCUGUCUGCUUGCCAUCGGCUGUGCCCCACUCCCCUUGUACCCAUCCAUCUCCAUACUUAAAUAUCAACAGGCUGGGAUCUGUCACUCCAGAGGGCCAUUGAUUUUGUUUUGUUGUUUUGAGGAAUCCACUUGAAAGACAAUAACAGACUGUCCCCUAAGAGCAGCAUCUCAGACUGAUUAUAGCCUCCUCAACAAACACACUCUGUCUCGUGAAGGAUGGCUUUUUAGAAGGCCUGGUGGGACUGUUUGAAUACCUGAUAUGUACUGUAUGUGUCUACUACUGUAUGUAGUUAUUUUUCAGCAAAUUGUAGUGACUAGUGUGUGGUAUUGCAUCCAAAUACCGUUUCCUUUUAUUAUUGGAUUUUAGCUCUGUUUGCAAGCAAACCAAAGUGUUUUUAUAUUAUAUGAUGUAGAGAAAAUAUAUAACAGAAUGUAUCAGACUGACAGCUGUAAAGGAAAAAAAAGCACUUUCAUUUGCACCAAGUUAAAAUGAGACUAUUUAUUUUUUAAAUAUUGUACAAAGCUAACUAUUUAAUUUAUGUUUGUAUUUUAUACAGUAUGCCUGUUGAUGGUCUGGUGUUGUAAAGUAGGUGUAUGCCUGCCUCAUUUUAUAAAAUCUGUCUUUUUCCGCCUGCAACGUUGCCUGCCUGUUCAUCUUCAUGUGCCCAGUUCUUACCAAGAACAGAAAUAAGGAGCUGAGACAUAGGUUGGUCAGGAGUGGGAAAAGAACAUAUGAUGUAUAUUUCCUGUUUGAGAAAUGAAAUGCAUCUGAUGUAUGUUGCUUAUUUUGAAAAAGAACAUGAGAUUAAAUAUUUUGUAUCAUCUUCA